AUGGCAAUGGCAUUUACCACCUCGCAACCGUACCAAAACACGACAUGGCUCAACGCUUCUCAAUAUUACGACAAUUCAAAUCGUCGCCGAAUCGAAUCCUCAGACAUUCCUGUAUUCGCAUGCUACGCUGCUAUAGCCGUAACUGGCUGUAUCUGCAACAGUUUAACCAUAGCAGUGAUGGUUCGCAAUCCUGCGCUACACACAUUGUAUAAUUUCCUGCUCCUAAACCUUGCCAUAGGCGACCUCAUCUCAAGUGCAUUCUCAAUCGCCAAAUUCAUUAUCAUAGUGUGCGCCAACCAAUCAGAUGGCUUAUCCGACGUCUCUGCAAUUCUGAUUUGUCGAUUCUUCACCACCAUUAUAUACUUCAGUAUUAUCCUGUCCGUACUGACGCUGGCCGCGAUUUCGCUGGAGCGCUAUUUUGGUAUAGUCAAGCCCAUAGUCCACCGAAAUAUGACAACAAAACGGCUGAAAUAUUUUUUACUUUUUACCUGGGUUAUUACAAUUACAGGCCCUGCAUUAACAUCUGGGCAAAUGAGAAUGGAGAAGACAAGGUAUUAUUGUUUUGCAAGCUCUGAUGCAAAAGACUGGCCGCGCUGGAAAUCAAUUGUUGGUUGGAUAGCACUAACCUGCGCCAAUAUAAUACCUUUUAUUAUCAUAACUGUGGUCUAUCUUAAGAUUAUCAUUCAUAUGAGGCAGCUAAAUAGGGAACCCGACCUAGCAACAGGGGAGAACUCGCAAAGCGCGCGGUUAGCCCAGCAAAAAACAGCUAAGACGAUACGCUUGCUCAUUAUAAUCACCGUUCUUUUCUCCGUGGCUAUUUUACCAGAAUUGGUGUACUUUGCAAUGAUAUUUUCUGAUAGAACAUACAUCGACGCUGUUCUGUUUUAUAAAAUCGGCAUCCCAACGGUCGCUAUCAAUGCAGUCAAUCCGUUGAUCUAUACGCUCAGUAAUCCCACAUUCCGCAGCGCCGCACAACGUCUCAUCCGCCGUCCGCGCCAAAGAAGGGUGGCCUUUAGUUCAAUGAGGGUGGCAUCACCUCCGCUGACCACGACAACUACAGCAUAG